AUGGAAAAAGAGGGGGUCAUUUUAUAAUCAGGGCCUUACGGAGUGGCCAAUCCAGGUUACGUACAAGCAGCUGACACUCGUCCUGCAAUGUUCGCCCCACCCGCGCCUGCUUCUCAUGGGCCGAGCGCUCCACCAGCCAGCAUGUUCGAUAACAUGCCCGGUUAUGAAGGCACUGUGGCCGGCGGAGGAGGUGGAUUUCUUCCACCUCCGAUGCCAAUGAAUCCAACUCCUCAGCCCCAACCUGGACCUGAACAGCCACAAUGGAAUAUUCCAUCGAUAAGUGAGUCUACAGCACGGGAGGCAUUUGCUCUUUGGGUCUCCAGCAAUUGUUGUUACAGUUCAGCACCAGCAAAAGAUGGAGUGAUCACCAACAUGGAAGCUUUCAAUACCUACAGGUACCGCCUGGAAACCUUCACUGAAUCAAGACUGACUGAGUGGAGCCACGAGCCAUAUAAUGGUCAGCCAGUGGAUGCAUACGCCCAACCACCUCCAGGGCCCUGGAACAUUCCUGCUGCUGCCCCCAGUUAUUUUAAAGAAAGCAAACAGAUCAUCAAAGUUCCUUACACUUCAUCUAUGAAGACCUGUCACGCUUGCAUGGGAAUGGGGCGGACACCCUGCAAAGACUGUGCCGGUGCGGGCAAUAAAGUUUGUUGGGUGUGUAAUGGAGCUGGUUUCCGCCAUGGAAAUGAGCGUUGCAAUCAUUGCUUUGGUAGAGGGAGAGAAAACUGCCACGGCUGCCAAGGGCAAGGAUCCAAGCAAUGCCCCACAUGUCAUGGAAAACAACAGCUUUUGGUCUAUAUCAACCUCACUGUAAAAUGGACCAACAACUCUGACGACUAUGUUGUGGAACAGUCCAGUGGACUUAAUUUGGACAACCUGAGCAAAGUGUCUGGCAAAGAGCUUUUCAGCGACUCCCAGUACUUGGUAUACCCUGUGAUGGGAUUCCCAGACCCUACUGUGGUAAAUGCCGCACAGCGUUUAAUCAAUGAACAUCAAGCCAGGUUCUCGCAGUCAUCUCGCAUUCUUCAACAGCGACAAACUAUCGAGCUGAUUCCUGUCACCAAGGUGACCUACUCAUGGAAAGGGAAAACGCACAUUUACUAUGUUUAUGGAAAUGAAUUUCAAGUCAGUGCAGACAACUACCCUGCCACCUGUUGCUGCUGCACAGUGAUGUAG